GGUGGACCUGGACACGCCCCUGCCAUCUGAUUGUCAUCAGUGACCGUGGGCAGUGGGUGAUCCUGUGGAUGGGUGAGCCGCGCUCUCAGGUGAGCUCGCUGCUGUCUGUCUGUGACUCGACAACAACAAGCCAGCCAGACGGAGGGGGCGGUGACGUAAAGGACGUAAAGACGCAGCCGCAUUUAAACAGCGAGGCUGGAAACUUUUCCACUGGCGCGUCAGCAGCUUUCUCGGUGUCCACACCACCUCCGUCCACCCUUCCAGGCAUGUCCUUCCACGGCAGUACCGCGCGUCUCAGCGAGGCGAGGAGGGUUGCUAUUUUCGGGGGGACGCACGGGAACGAGAUGUCCGGCGUGGCGCUCGUGAACCUGUGGAUAAAGAACAGCGACGACAUCCAGAGGAGGGGAGUUGACAUCAAACCCUUCAUCGCCAACCCGAAGGCUGUGGAGAAGUGCGUCAGAUACGUGGAAACGGACCUGAACCGAGCUUUCACCCCCGAGAACCUCAGUGCCUCAGGAGGAGACGAGUUCCCUUAUGAGGUGCGGAGAGCCCAGGAGAUCAACAGGAUGUUUGGACCCAAAGGAAGCCCGGAGGCAUACGACGUCAUCUUCGACCUCCACAACACCACCUCCAACAUGGGCUGCACCCUGAUUCUGGAGAGCUCCAAAGACCAUUUCAACCUGCAGAUGAUGAACUACAUAAAGAAAGCCAUCUCUCCUGCUAGCUGUCUUGUUCUGCUGAAUGAACACCCUCUGCUGAAAUAUUCCACAUGUCGCUCGGUGGCCAAGCACGCUGUUGGCCUGGAAGUCGGUCCUCAGCCUCAAGGCGUCUUGAGAAGUAACAUCUUUGAAGCGAUGAGAGUAAUUCUGAAACAUGCGCUGGACUUCAUUGAACUGUUUAAUGAAGGCAUGGAGUUCCCUCCCUGUACGGUGGAAGUCUUCCGUGUAAACGAGAGGAUUGACUAUCCUAGAGAUGCUAAUAGGAACAUCAUUGCCAUGGUUCAUCCCAACCUGCAGGAUUGUGACUGGGAGCCACUGAACCCUGGUGACCCAAUGUUCCAAACCUUUGACGGAAAGACCAUCCCCUACCAAGGCUCCUGCACCGUCUACCCAACUUUUAUAAAUGAGGCAGCUUAUUAUGAGAAGCAACAGGCGUUUGUGACUACCAGAAGAGAAACCUUGGCUGCAAGCAGCAUCAGAAAAGCCUGAGAAGUUCUCUGUAAUUCUGCCAAAUGCAACAGAAGUUUGAUGAUGGAUUUUGCACUUUGCUCCGAUAACAAAGGACCAACUCUGUACAUAACGAAAAACCAUCUUUUACACACCAAUUUAGUUUUGUAUGCUUUUACUAUCAGAAAUUAACUAUGCAAAGAACAUUGAUGGAAACUCUUCAUAUGUUCAGUUUCAGAUAAGAGUCAUGUACCUAAAAUCUGUUUAGGUAACUAUUUACGAUGCUGUUAUUUUAAAUCAUAUAAAAGUGAGAUUUUAUAAAAUCAAAGAGCAGACCUAAUUAGCUGGGGCUUGGUAAUUAUCCUACGCACUCUUUCAGUUUUUAACCAGCACUCAGGAAGUCCAUGGGGGUUCAUAACUCUAAAUACAGUUCUGCCAUUGUCUUCUGAGAAUAUUUAUGUAACAUCUGUUGGGGUGUGUUGUGUGGCCUUUUAUACUACCUACCUGGAACUCCAGUGGUUGCAUAUGUGGUGCUGUCCUAUUGUUGCCUUAUUAGAGGUGUCAGAGAGAACUGCAGAAAAGAUUUUUCUUUAAGUGAUGUUUUGUUCUUUUUAAAAAAAAAAAAAAAAAAAAGACAUUGAUUCUUGUUUGUCAAAUGUAUUUGCUCAUUUCAACAUUGGGUCCAACUGCUUUCAUUUUAGAAACAUUGUCCUCUCUGUCUCUUGUCCCCAAGUGUAAUUACUGUAGUUUUCAAUUUCUCAUUACUCGAUUAGCAAUAUUUUUGUGAGUAGAUUAGAUCUAUUCAAUGACUGUAUUGUCCUGUAUAAAAAAUUUUGUCUUGAAA